GUCAUAUUACAGCGCCUAGGAGCGGGGCAGCGUCCGCGCGACGUGCCGACCGAACAUCUUGAUGUCGUCCCGGUAGAGCUGCGCCGCCUCCUUGUUCAAGGGGUCGUCGGGGUUCGGCUCGUAGAAGAGGUAGAUCAACCCGUAGAUGACGGCGUUGAUGUCGAGGACCGGCUUCCAGUCCUGGCGCAGGAUGUUGAGGCAGACGUUGCCCUCGAGGUUGAUGUUCGGGUGGAAGAUCUUCGUGUCGCAGUGGACCUUCGGCGGCUCGUGCGGGUACAUGGCCGGGAUCGUGAAGGUGAAGUGGUAGGUCGCGCCCUUCCAGAAGCCCGUGUCCGGCGUCACGAUGACGUUGAAUUUCGUCAGGUCGUUCGCGUUGGGAAACUUGAUCUGCGCCACGUCACCACCGUCCAAUUCCGCGAUGUCCUUCUGGAUGCGGAUCUCGCCGGGCGUCUUGCGCUUCUUCGAGCCCGUCGCCUUCGCGACCUUGCGGCCGCCGAUGCCGAGGAUGCUCACCUUCUCCUCUCCAUUAGUUUUGGGCGCGUCGGCCAUCUUCUCGUCUUCUUUCGGGGCGGCCGCGGCUUUCUUCUUGAGGCGUAUCAUGGUUGCUGGGCGGUUCGCUGGGUGCGAGGAGUCCUAUUUAAGGAGUUGCGAGGCCGCGCGGUGAUGCGUGCGCGUCCAAGUUUAUUCAAACUCAGCACAGGCGCUGCAGGUCAAGCGGUAGGCUGUGCUCGCUUGAGGCCGAUGCUUCCUGAGAAGCUGGCCUGUGACGUAUAAGUGCGUUUGGACCACGUUUGGUGCGCGUGGCUUGCCGUGCGCGCGAGAUGAGUUGCCGAGAGGUCGACG